AUGGCCCUCCUAACCGCCUCCAGAACCGCUCCGAGCGUUUCCCUCAGCCAGCGGUCCGAUGUCAUGUCCACGAUGUACCCCCUCGUGAACAGCGCGGUGCAGUUCCAGCAGCUCCUCGGUUCCGCCGCCUUCCACCUUUUUGUCCGCACCUACUUCGCUGCCUCGGUGGUAGCCACCCUCUCGCUAUGGGCAAGCAAGAGCAUUGCCUGGCGGACCUUGCUUGCCUCGAGGGUCCUCGCUGCCAGGUCGCUAUUCCUCGCCAAGCGGCUGGCAUGGACGGCGUGGGACUGCAAGCGGUCGAGGAGCAUCCGCAGGAAGCUCCAGUUUGAACUCUUUGUGCUGCUCCUCGGACCCGGCGGCAAUACCCUGCUGCUGAUGAUCUUCUGGCCUGGCUGGCUCAUGCUGGCCUUGCUGGGCUGGGCGAUCUGGCAGGUUACUGGCUGA